CCGAGUCUCUUCAGCUACGAAUAUGCUUCUCCUUUUGGCCUUGUAGUCUUCUUUUUGAGUGACAUUCCAGCAUGCAAAACUCCCGGUAGUACGAACCGUCACACACGAUCGAACCUAGCGACGACGCGUCUCUUCCGCAGCUCUCCGCAAUGGCCUCCUCGUCCUCGCCGAACGAGCCUAACGGGCACCCCGUCGGCGAACACCAUGUCGAGCUUGAGGAUAUGGGCGACAAGAAGCCCAGUCUGCCUAUCGAGGAGGAUAUAAUGCAGCUGGCGCGAUUAGGCGAAAUAGCUGCGAUACAGAAGUUGUUCGACAGCGGGAAGUUCGAUGCGACUUAUAAGGACGAGCAGGGCAUAACGCCGCUUCAUUGGGCUGCGAUUAACAAUCACUACGCUCUAUGCCAUUUCCUGAUACAGAACGGCGCGAGUGUAAACGCGAAGGGUGGAGACGCCGUCGCUACACCUGUCCUCUGGGCCGCGAAACGAUGCCAUUACUACGUCGUCAAUCUGCUCCUCGAGCACGGCGCCGACCCUCUUCUCACCGACGACCAAGGCUUCAAUCUCUUGCACUCGGCGACUCUCGACGGGAACGUGUACCAGCUCGUCUUACUCCUACACCAGGAUAUACCGGUCGACAUACCAGAUUCGCAGUCGCAUACGGCGCUGAUGUGGGCAGCAUACAAAGGCUAUCCGUCAUGCGUGGACCUGUUUCUAAGAUGGGGAGCUAAUGUGUAUGCGACGGAUGACCAGGGUUUCACAGCCUUGCACUGGGCGCUUGUGAAGGGAUCGCAGGGCUCCAUACAGAAGCUGCUCGAGUAUGGAGCGGAUCGAUUCGCGAAGAACAAUGACGGGAAGACACCAUCCGUAACCGCGGAAGAGAUGAAUACGGUGCGGCAGUGGCAUGCAGCGCUCUCAGCAGCAGGCUACAACAAGGACGGUUCACCAAAGCAGUUCCCAGUCCCGGGGAUCAAGGAUACGCGGUGGUUUAUAUCGCGUUUUCUCUUCUUCUGGCCGUUCCUUAUCAUUUUCCAAGCGAUCUAUUUAGUCAGCCACUACCCGGUGUAUAUUGGGCUACCGUUGGCCGCGGUGACAUCGUAUGCGAUGCAGUGGGCGGCGCAGAAACUUGCGUCGUUUGGUCCUGCGAACAUGAGGAAUGUACAUCAUACCCCUUUCUUGGCCGGCAUAUUCGCUGGCACUCUGUUUUGGGUGGGUGUCCGUUGGAUCACGACCGUUCUCCCUUGGACAUUACGAACCUGCUUCUUUCUCAAUAUAGUAUUCGGAGUAUUUUACGGAUUCACGACAUAUUUCUACUUCUUCACGAUGGCAUCCGAUCCGGGCUUUGUGCCCAAGUCAGCGAGCAGGAGCGCCUCGAAGGCAGUCAUUGAUGAGCUGAUGGAGGCGAAGUUGUUUGAUGAGAACCACUUUUGCGUCAAUUGUAUGGUGCGGAAACCGUUGCGGAGUAAGCAUUGUAAGAGGUGUGAGCGCUGUGUCGCGAAGUCAGAUCAUCACUGCCCUUGGGUGAAUAAUUGCGUUGCGAACAACAAUCACCGACACUUUGUGUUCUAUGUCCUUUUCAUGGAGCUUGGUGUAUUGGUAUGGGUUCGCUUGGUGCUUGCCUACCUUGAGAACAUAGACGGACCGAAAGACGUUCAAUGCAACGUCCUCUCCGACGACCUAUGCAAGAUUCUACACAAAGAUCCAUAUACCAUUGUCCUCUCAAUAUGGACAGCCUUCCAACUCACUUGGGUCACCAUGCUCCUCUGCGUUCAGCUUCUCCAAGUCGCGCGAAAUCUCACAACCUACGAAAGCAUGCGAGGCCACCUUCACGCCGCUACCCCUGCCGACGCCCUCACCGCGUUCGUCACCACGGGCGAUACGUCACAAGAAGUCUCGGGCAGUGCACCCACGACCGGCUUUGGUUCUGGGCAGGACACGGGCGAUGGUGCUCCCCCUCGACGUCCCAAGCACUCCAUCUGGGAUCAAUGGAAGCGUCUCCUUGGUCUCGACACAUUUGUUGCUACGGCACUGCAGGGUUCACAAGCGGGCCAGACGAGAAGAGGUGGGAAUCCGUGGUCGAGAGGUAUGAUAACGAACUGCAAAGAUUUCUGGUGUGAUGGGGCACCGGUGAUUGCGAAGGGGUUGAAGACGCCGAUGAAAGAGUAUGAUGAGAGGGUUGACAUGGGGAGGUUGCGGGACGAUGAGCAUCAGAGAGGGAUCAUUCAAGACCUCGAAGACCUCCACCUAAUGCUCUCGCGCUACAAACCACCGCCCGUCCGACAACCGCUCGUAAACUCCCUUAGACCAAAGAAAUCAUUCUUGUCGCUCUUCUCCUCCUCUGGUCCCACGCGUCUUCCGAUCUCCCAGAUCCCAGACCAUGUACCUAAAGGCCUAUACAUGUACGGCGACGUAGGUUCCGGCAAAACCAUGCUCAUGGACCUCUUCUACGAUACCCUACCGAACAAUAUCGAGAAGAAGACUCGCAUACAUUUCCACGCAUUCAUGCAGGAUGUACACAAGAAUCUGCACAGGAUGAAGAUGAGCCACGGGAACGAUGUUGAUGCUAUUCCAUACGUGGCGGCAGGCAUUGCGGAGGACAGCAAUGUGCUGUGCUUCGACGAGUUCCAGUGUACGGAUGUGGCUGAUGCUAUGAUUUUGAGGCGGCUGGUUGAGAAUUUAAUGGCACAUGGGACGGUUAUUGUUACGACGUCGAAUAGACAUCCGGACGAUCUGUACAAGAACGGCAUACAACGCGAGAGUUUCGUUCCGGCGAUUAAUUUACUGAAGUCGCGGCUCCGCGUCUUGAACCUCGAUUCGCAGACCGACUAUCGAAAGAUCCCUCGUCCACCUUCGGGAGUCUACCACCACCCGCUCAAUGAAGGCGCGAGAACCCAUGCGGAGCGCUGGUUCCGCUUCCUCGGCGACUUCGAAAAUGACCCCCCACAUCGCGCAUUCCAUACCGUCUGGGGAAGAGAAAUCGAGGUACCGAAAGCGAGCGGAAGUUGCGCGUGGUUUACCUUCGACGAGAUCAUUGGACGAGCAACCGGAGCGGCGGACUAUUUGGAACUGAUGCGGAAUUACAAUGCUUUUAUCGUGACCGACGUGCCUGGGAUGAAUCAUAGGAGUAGAGACCUGGCGCGGAGAUUCAUUACGUUUAUCGACGCUAUUUACGAGUCAAGAGCCAAACUUGUGAUGACCACGGCCGUGCCAAUAACCUCCCUCUUCCUCUCCUCCAACGAACUCCAAGAAGCCAUGCACAGCGCCUCUAAGUCUGGCGAUCUUCCCGCCGCCGCAACCGCCGACGACCACGCCGACGUCUCGGACGUGAUGCGCCAUCUCAUGGACGACCUCGGCAUGAACAUGUCGAUGCUCAAGAAUAGUACUUUGUUUACGGGGGAUGAGGAGCGGUUUGCGUUUGCACGGGCGUUGAGUAGGCUAAGCGAGAUGGGGAGCAGGGAGUGGGUCGAACGCGGCAUGGGGUUGGAUGAACGCGGUGGGCGGCAAGAGAUGGAGGGAUGGCAGAGGGUGAGGAGCAGAUGGAGGGAGGAUAGCAUGUAAUAGGAAUGGGUAGACUGGAUACCUGUGUUUGGCAUAUAAAGCGGGAUUAGAUACUGCUGUGCAUUUGUGCGGAGGUGUACAAAGAUAUAGAAGGAUUAGCGUGUUUGUGGCAUUGAAUGAUAGUAUUUUUUCU